UUUCUCUUACUUAAAGGCGCCAUUUGCCAAUUCUCUCUUUUCAAAAUCUCCCGUAAACCCUUUUCUGUGCCCUAACAGCUUAAAGAUACACACUCAAUUCUAAUUGUACGUAAUGAAUCCUCACUCGUAUAUGCAGACGAAGUCGACGGAGCUGGCGGAGACGAUCGCUGCCGCUGCGACAGCAGUGCAGAUCUCAGCCGCCUGCUCCGCAGUGGAAUCCUUCCUCCGUAAGCACGCCCCGGACCAGCAGCGGUGGUUCUUUUCCAUCACUUUCCCAACCCUAAUUUGUAGAAUCUUCGGCUUUGAUGAAUCCGCUUCUUCUUCAGGAACAAAGCGUACGUCUCUCAGCGGAUGGAUUGAUAUCGCGGCGUCAACAGAUGAUUCUGAGCUCGAUGGCAAAAUUUUCAGCCUACUUUCACCCAAUGGAGUGUUGUUGUCUUCAAUUUCAGCAGUUGACAGGCUGUCUCUUGUCAAGUAUAUAUUUCCGGCUGAACGAUUACCAGAAUGGGUUCGGUGCAUGCUUCAAAUCAAAUCUGAUUGUCAGGUGUUGACUGACUUGUGUCCCUUAUUCAAAAAUAAGGUUAUGAAAGUUCUGAUUAAGGGAUCUUCAAAUCAGGUUCAAUUGAAUGUUUUCGAAUAUUACAUGUUUUGGUUUGCUUAUUGCCCUGUUUCUAGAGGGAAUAGCGAGGGUUCAGUGACAGUGAAGAUCCAGCAGAUGAAAAAGUUUAGGUUGGAUAAGUGGGCAUAUUCAAUUCCUGGUCUAUCAAGUAAUAAACGUGGAGAAGAGAAGAAAACUGCGACUAGUUUCUAUUUAAGGCUACUCUAUUCAUAUCUUCGUUCAUUUGUGCCUGCGUAUGAUUUGAAUGUGCAUCAACCUUAUCAUAGUUCCCUACUUCAUUACUCCCCGGAUUAUGAUAUUUCUCUUAUUGAGAGAGCAGAAUUUCUGGUUAAUACGUUGAUCUAUUUUUGGUUGCUUGACAAUGAUUUUUCGCCCUUUCCUGUGGGUUUGUGCAAGUCAUUUGGUCUAAGGUUCUCUUUUAGAUCUGUUUUGGGUGAGAGUCCACCUAAUUCAGGACUGGGUGCUGUGGUAAAUGUUUUUGUGAAGUACCUGAAUCUGAUUUCUCUGCCAAUGAAAGAUGAGUUCAAUCAAAUUGAAAAUAUUGGGAGUUCUAGCUUGGGAGUUCCAGGUUCAGUUAAUGUCGUUAAGUCAAGGGAUGCUGCUUUGAGUGUGCACUCUGUUGGGUCUUGGAACUCAUGGGUUCAGAGGCCAUUGUACAGAUAUAUUUUGAGAGAAUUUCUGUUUUAUCCAGUGGAAACUUCCGUUAAGAAUGCAUCUCAGGUAUUUACUCUCUGGGUGAGUUACAUGGAACCUUGGAUGAUUACUUUUGAAGAGUUCACUGAUCUAGAUAAGCUCAUCGGAAUGCCAACAAUCAGUUCAGCGGAGGUCUUUAAAUCAUCGCCACAUGGAUAUUCUUCGUCUUGGCGGGGUUUUGUACUGUUAAAUUACCUUUUUUACAGCUCUUUGGUAAUGCAUUUUAUUGGAUUUGCGCACAAGUUUCUACAUACAGAUGCAGAAGUAAUAGUUCAGAUGGUUGCAAAGGUUAUAAACAUAUUAACUUCAUCAAUGGAGCUAAAGGAUCUCAUAAAGAAUGUUGACACUGCUUUUCAUUCGAAACAAGUUGAAUCAUCUAGGUCUCAUCUUAAUACCUUAAACAGAUUUGUUCCGACAAUCCGCCAACAAUUACAGGACUGGGAGGAUGGCCUAUGUGAGACUGAUGCGGAUGGAUCCUUCUUGCAUGAGAACUGGAACAAAGAUCUACGGCUUUUCAGUGAUGGAGAAGAUGGUGGACAACAAUUGCUUCAGCUUUUUUUAUUGCGAGCGGAAUCUGAGCUGCAAGCAAUCUCUAGCAAUAAUUUAGCUCAGAAUCUCCAGUGUCUAGACUCCUUGAAAGCCCAAGUGGGCGUCUUGUUUGGUGGUCCUAUUACAAUCUCUUCUUCAUUUGGAACACCACGUGAAUCAAAAACUAUGCAACAUCAGCAAUCACAUGAUGCAAGAUUCGAGCCAAGAAGUUGUUUUGAAACCCGUACUGGGGGUGAUAUAAAGUACAAGGGCGAUUGGAUGACGCGACCUAUCUCCAAUGAUGAGAUUGCAUGGCUAGCGAAAUUGCUAGUCAAUCUCUCAGGAUGGCUGAACGAGUGUCUUGGGUUAAAUCGGGUGAACUGCACCCAAGAAGGUCCUGAUUGGUCUUACGUGCAAAUGUCAGGUGGGGUGGAAAAUGUGACCAUCAAAGUGGUUUUGUGCUGGCUCCUUUCUUGGAUAACCUGGUUACGCGAGACUGGAGUGAACUUUAUGAAAGAGCACGGUCUUAGGGUGAACCUCAGAAUGCUAGCUUCCAAGAAAGUGGUAGUCAGGUUGUUGGUUAUUGCUGCUGCAUUUAGUUUGUUCAAGAAAGCUUUUGUAGUGUGGUCAUAGAGGUGUAAAUAUAUAUGUUUCUUUACAUGCGAGUAAAAGUAAAAAUGAACAUAUAAUGGUAUAUAAGAAAUUUGUCGUGAAAUUUUGCUUGUAAAAUUGAAGAUGGUUUAAUGCUUCAUGAAGUAUUUUGUUGUCAA